UCACUUCAGUUUCGCACGAAACUUACCGUGGGCCAGGGUGCGCACAACACCCUCACCCUUUUAAAACCCUGCAUUGCUGUUCCAUUCCCCCAACACCCUACCACUGUCAACGGCGGCGCGUAACCAUGCUCCUCUCCGUCGUACUCGCCCUCUUUCUACCCUGCGCCGGCAUGACCAUCGUCUUCAUUGCCUACAUUUCUUUGCUAUGCUAUGCCGCCCGUUACCACCACCAAACCGAUCCUCCGGUGAAACCCGCCACCCAAAAUGGGUUAUCUUCCGGUGAGCUUGAGAAGCUUCCGGUUGCCACCGGGAAAGAUCUUGUGUUGGGGGUGGAAUGUGCCGUGUGUCUAGACGAUGUUGAACCCGAACAACUUGCGCGUAUGUUUCCGGGGUGUAACCAUGGGUUUCAUCUACAAUGCGCGGAUAUGUGGUUGUCGAAGAACCCAGUGUGCCCGGUUUGUCGGAAUAAACUUGACGAUAGUUUCUUUGUUUCUACCGAAACAAACCCGUGUUAAAAAAGUUAUUACUAGAAAACUGUGUCGUUCCCACGUCAAAAUUCGUUAGAAAUGCGCAGGAAACAGUGUUUAGCGACAGUUUUCCAACAGAACUGAUUUUGUCAGUGUCUUGUCGGUAUUGUGUUGCUAAAUCGGGGUUUUCUGCCAUCUUGGUAUUGUGUCAGAAAUAUUUAGGUAUUUUUCCCUGGGACGUUUCGCCUUUCUAGCAUUGAAAGGCGAAAUUCCGAUGGAUGUAGAAAUAGUAAUUAUGAUUUGUUAUUUGCUAAAUUAGGGUAUUAUGCCGUAUUGGUAUCGUGUCAGAAUGUUUAGGUAUUCUUUCUUUCGGAAUUUUCAUUGGAAAUUUCCGCUUUCUUGGUAGUGAAAGUUGAAUUUGGAUCGAAUGUAAAAAAGUAGUGAUUAUAAUUUGUUAUUUGAUUGAUUAUUCAUAUUGAAAAUAAAGUUCGGUGUUGUUAA